AUGCUUGAAAAUGAUACAAAAUAUAUCCACAUUGAUACUCUAUCUGGUAUUAAAUCAGUUAUUUAUUCUCAUACAAUGGAUGCCCAAUACGAAUUAAAAAAUCAAAGUGAAGUAAUUGAUAACAGUAAUGACGAAAAUCAAUCGUCAAACGUUAAUGAAAUUGCAUCAGAUGAAAUAAAUUUGGAUGAAGAUGAAAAAGAUCCCAUAAUUGCUGAAGUUAAUGUUUAUCUGACUCGUGUAUUUUCCGAUCAGCUCUAUUUGUUUCAAUAUCCUUUACGUUCGAAUCAUUUGCAAUUUGAAAAUGAUGUCACAUUUGUCGGAGCACGUUUAAAACCAAAAAAUAAAGUUGUUCAGUUAGAUUACAUGCUCGAUACUAAAUCAAAGUUUUAUAGUAAAAAACGCAAUUCAAUAAUAACAAAAAAUUUGUCAUCGUCCGAAGACGCAAAACAACAACAAACCGUUGAUCUUUUAACCCUAUCAUCGACGAAUGUUACAAUUGGAGAAUCGUAUAAACGUUUUUCUAUUGGAAUAUUAACACAAAAUGGUUUACAUCUGUCUCCACUAAAUGCCAUAUUUCAAUUACGUUCAGAUUUUGAUUCUACAAUGUCUAUUAUCACAAAAAAUGCUACAUUAUCAUCGAUUUGUAACAAAACAAUAAUACACGAUAGUGAUGAUGCUAGUGACGAUGAAAAUAAUCUUGAAGAAUCGACUAAAACAAGUACCGGAACAGACACAGAGGAUGAAAGCAAAUAUAAUAAAACAGAAUUAGUAACAAUGAAAUUUUGGCGACCUGAAACAUUAUAUGUACGAGAAAAAAAGAUACGUUCAUAUAAUUAUCUGAUGCGUAAGCGUAACGAAGAAAAAUGGCUGGAUUUUGCUUAUAUAUCACACAAUGAACAAUUAGCACAUAAAUUAAGAGAAAAGUGGUGUCAACAAGACUUGACUAAUAACAGUAAUUCAAUAAGAAGAAACACAAUAACAAUGAAAAAUUAUUUCGAACUAUUAUUGAAUAAACAGGUUCAAAAAAGUGAAACAACAUCAUCCACUAGAAUAUUAAAUACAAAUGAAUCUGAUCAUGUAACUGAAAAAUUAGUUGAAGAAAAUACAAAAAAAGGGGAAAAAAAGUCGAAACAAACAAAACAGACAACUCCAGCAAGAAAAAAAACAAAUACUCCCAAAACAUCUAGGAAAAAUCGUACUGGUACCAGUAAACUCACUGAUUCUUCUUCAACAAUAAAUGCAACAACAGCAAACGAAUCCAAUUCUACCUCUUUAGCUAUAGCAACGUUGACAAAACCAGAUCCCGAAGCAAUACAUGGCGAACUUGUAUCAUUUAUGAAACGACGUUUUGGUUAUAGACCAUAUUUUAAAUUAAGCGAAAUAAAUAUCGCAAUUAAAUUAGAACUAAUUUCAUCACCACCUGGACAUGUAUUAGCUACUGGUGUUACAGAACCAAGUAUCAUCGCGGUUGCCUCAGAACUUGGAGCAAUCCACAUUAACAAAAAAUGGCCGAAAAAUCUUAAACAAGAACCCGUUUUUCUAAAUGCACAAAUGGGUGAUAAAUAUGAUAUUCUUCGAAAGUAUAUAGCUGAUUUACUUGAAAAAUGCGAUAGUUUUAAUUUUACAGAUUUUCGAGCAAGAAUAAAACGUGAAAAUAAAGCACAAUUAUUUCCUCUUAAUGAAGUGAAAAAAUUUGUGCAGGGAUGUAACGGUAAUUUACCGUCGGUAGUGAUAAAAAAUUAUUUUACCGAAGUUUACCGUGGUAAAAUUUUGAAGCUUUUACCGUAUGCUGGUAACGGUAAAAAAAUUAUUGUUACCGAACUUCCAUUUUGA